CCAUAUUGCCGUCAUGCUAGUCAGCUGGGUAUCCCUUGCAGCGGCGCUGGUGCUGCUGAUCUCGGUGCGGCCGGUCGCCGGAGAUCUGCUGACACCGAUUGGGCUGCCGAACUGCAACACCACCUGCGGCAACGUGAGUGUGCCGUACCCGUUCGGCAUGGGCCCGCGUCGAUGCUUCCACUCGCCCGAGUUCAAGCUCACCUGCGACCGUGGAAGCGACCUCCCGCGGCUGCUCCUCGGCAACGACAGCGGCGGCGGUGCAUUGGAGGUCGUCAGCAUCUCGCCAGAGAACAGCACGAUGCGCGUCAUCAGCCACGGUGUGCAUGCCAUGAACAUGAGCGGCUCCGGCGGCCAGUGGAGCUGGAGUCUCGGUGCCGGUUUGCCAUACACACUCUUGGGGUGGGGCAUGAACGAGUUCAUCCUCUUGGGGUGCAAUCUGCAGGCGAAGCUGCUGAGCAAUGGGAGCGGCGGCAGUAUCAUCAGCGGCUGCGCCUCCUUCUGCUCCACGGAAACGAUGGAGUGGUACGAGGCUUAUGACAAGCCCUGCUCCAACAAUGGCUGCUGCCUGUCGUCCAUCCCCAUGGGCGACGCAUUCUACGGAGUGGAGCUGAAACGGCUUGACAGUCGCCUUCCAGAGAAGGGCAUGCAAGCCCAUGAAGUGCCCGUGAGCGUGCUCAUCGCUGAGACGGGCUGGUUUAACAGGGAUUUGUCCACAGAUCUGACAGACCCAACGCGUGGCCAGUGGCAGAAGACCAGUCUGCGGGUCCCCUUGAUUCUCAGUUGGGUGGUGCCGCAGGGCACAUCCUAUGAUAUGAAAUACCCCGGUGAGGCAGCCUGGAGGAUCUGCAAGAGCACCAACAGCGAGCCCAGAGCAGCGGCAUAUUUUCCAGUAAGAGGCAAUUCGUGUGGGUGCAAGGAGGGCUACCAGGGCAACCCUUACCUCACCGGCGGAUGCCAAGAUAUCAGGGAGUGUGAUCAGAAAGAAGAACAUGGAUGUUUCGGGGAGUGCGAGGAACUACCCGGGACGUUCCAGUGCCAUUGCCCCAAAGGGUACCAGGGCAACCCUUACCUCACUGGCGGAUGCCAAGAUAUCAAAGAGUGCGAUCAGAAAGAAGAACAUGGAUGUUUUGGAGACUGCGAGGAACUACCUGGGACGUUCCGGUGCCGUUGCCCCGAAGGGUUCCAUGGCAACUACACCAUAUCCGGCGGCUGCUUAAAGUCUGUAAACACAGGUCGCUCGGGUUUAAUAAUUGGUCUUGCAGUCGCUAGUGGCCCAUGCAUUAUACUUUUGGUACUUGGUACAGUCCUCAUAAUCCGUGAACUUGAGCAACGCAAGGGGGAGUCAUUGAGACACAAGUUCUUUAGUCAAAACCGUGGACAACUAUUGAAGCAGUUAGUUUCUCAUAGGGCAGACAUCGCCGAGAGGAUGAUAAUUCCUUUAGCGGAGCUACAAAAGGCCACCAACAAUUUCGAUCAAGCUCGUAGGGUCGGUGGAGGAGGGCAUGGAACUGUGUACAAGGGGAUUUUGUCAGACUUGCAUGUCGUGGCCAUCAAGAAGUCAAAUAUAGUGGUCAAGAGAGAAAUCGACGAGUUUAUACAUGAGGUUGCCAUACUAUCGCAAAUCAACCAUAGGAAUAUUGUAAAGCUCCAUGGUUGUUGCCUCGAGACUGAAGUCCCUUUACUAGCCUAUGAGUUUAUCUCCAAUGGAACCCUUAGUGACCAUCUUCACACAGGAGCACCACGAUCACUAUCUUGGGAAGAUAGGUUAAGGAUCACAAGUGAAAUAGGCCAAGCACUUGCUUACCUUCAUUCUGCCGUCACAGUUCCUAUAAUACACAGGGAUAUCAAGCCUUCCAACAUACUUCUUGAUGAUGCCUUGAUAGCAAAAAUUUCAGAUUUUGGAGCUUCGAGGUACAUUCCCAUGGAUCAAACAGGGUUAACAACAAUAACUGCAGUGCAAGGAACUAUAGGGUACUUAGACCCUAUGUACUAUUACACGGGACGCCUAACGGAAAGUAGUGAUGUCUAUAGCUUUGGAGUCCUUCUUGUUGAGUUGCUUACUAGGAAGAAUCCAUCUUCCUAUAGAUCAUCUGAAGGUGAUGGCCUUGUCAUGCAGUUUGUUGAACUACUUGCCGAAGGCAAUCUGGCCAAGAUACUAGAUCCACAAGUUUUAGUGGAGGCAGCAGAGGAGCGACCAACCAUGAGGCAAGUAGAGAUGGCACUGGAAGCUCUCCAAGCACCCAAGGAGCGUGACAUGGGUGAUCUGCCAAUAGAAAAAGAUGGCAGGAAAUAUGUGGCAGUGGGUUAUGCAUCUACCAUCAGAGGAACAAACCUGCAGGAAGCGAGCAGGCGUCAUAGCCUAGAAGAAGAGUUUAUUUUGUCUGCGAGGUACCCUCGGUAGUUCUCUUUUGCUUGUGACUCACUUCAUUAAUUUAGGAGGCAAUCCUGCUGUUAUUGUUACAUGUAUAAUCUACUGGAAAAAAUAGCGCGCUAUAGCGUCACUAAUAGCAAUGCCAUAGUGUAUAGAGAAUUGCCGCGCUAAAUUGCUCGGUCUACAAU